UCCUGCCGACUGAGCUCCGGAGCUGGAGAAGCGGCAGCUACCAGGCAGCCCAGCUUCGCGAAGGCUCUCGGCGCGCUGCGGCCCGCAGGCUUCCGGCACGCGCCCGCCCCGCUGCCACGAAGCCCGAGAGGAAGGUCAGCUCCGCCGAGGGGGCAGCGAAGGAGGAGCCCAAGAGGAGGUCGGCGAGGUUGUCAGCUGACUGCCGGAGUUCAUGUGCCCUCCUCGGCAUCAGAGAACAGGCCAGUAAACCUGCUCCUGCAAAACUGGAAACGAAGCCCAAAAAGGCAUCAGGAAAGACUAUGGAAAUGAUGUUAAACAAAAAGCAAAUUCGUGCAAUUUUCUUAUUCGAGUUCAAAAUGGGUCGUAAAGCAGCAGAAACAACUCGCAACAUAAACAGCGCAUUUGGCCCAGGAACUGCUAAUGAACGUACAGUGCAGUGGUGGUUCAAGAAGUUUUGCAAAGGAGACGAGAGCCUUGAAGAUGAGGAGCAUAGUGGCCGACGAUCGGAAGUUGACAACAACCAACUGAGAGCAAUCAUCGAAGCUGAUCCUCUUACAACUACACGAGAAGUUGCCGAAGAACUCAACGUCGACCAUUCUACGGUUGUUCGGCAUUUGAAGCAAAUUGGAAAGGUGAAAAAGCUCGAUAAGUGUGUACCUCAUGAGCUGACCGAAAAUCAAAAAAAUUGUCGUUUUGAAGUGUCAUCUUCUCUUAUUCUACGCAACAACAACGAACCAUUUCUGGAUCGGAUUGUGACAUGCAACGAAAAGUGGAUUUUCUAUGACAACCGACGUCGACCAGCUCAGUGGUUAGACCGCGAAGAAGCUCCAAAGGACUUCCCAAAGCCAAACUUGCACCAAAUAAAAAUCAUGGUCACUGUUUGGUGGUCUGCUGCCGGUCUGAUCCACUACAGCUUUCUGAAUCCCGGCGAAACCAUUACAUCUGAGAAGUAUGCUCAGGAAAUCGAUGAGAUGCACCGAAAACUGCAACACCUGCAGCCGGCAUUGGUCAACAAAAAGGGUCCACUUCUUCUCCACGACAAUGCCCGACUGCACAUCACACUACCAACGCUUCAAAAGUUGAACGAAUUGGGCUACGAAGUUUUGCCUCAUCCGCCAUAUUCACCUGACCUCUCACCAACCGACUACCACUUUUUCAAGCAUCUAGACAACUUUUUGGAGGGAAAACGCUUCCACAACCAGCAGGAUGCACAAAAUGCUUUCCAAGAGUUUGUCGAAUCCCGAAGCAUGGAGUUUUACGCUACAGGAAUAAACAAACUUAUUUCUCGUUGGCAAAAAUGUGUUGAUUGUAAUGGUUCCUAUUUUGAUUAAUAAAGAUGUCUUUGAGCCUA